AUGUUAACGGGAUGGCGGUUAGUGUUGUCGAAAUUAUUCAUAAUACCGCAGAGGUAUGUGUUGGCGGUGAUGGCCUUAUUGGCCGUAGCCAAUGCGUAUACUAUGCGAGUUUGCCUCAACCUGGCUAUCACUCAGAUGGUUAAAAAAGUACAAACAGUACAAACUGGCGAUGACUACGAUCCUUUAAUAUGUAAGGACAGAUACGUAACUGAGUCGAACGCUACUGAAGCCAGGGAUUUCUACGUAGAAAGAGCUGAUGAUCCAAUGCUGUUCGAAUGGAGUGAAGCAACACAAGGAUUGAUUCUCGGUUCUUUCUACUAUGGGUACAUUCUGACCCACAUUCCCGGAGGAAUGUUGGCGGAAAGAUUUGGAGGGAAAUGGGUGUUGGGCUGUGGUCUCCUGUCCACUGCUAUAUGCACUUUUAUAACUCCAAUUACAGUCAAAAUGGGAGGAGCCACGGCGUUGUUCAUCUUGAGAGUCAUUGAAGGUUUUGGUGAGGGUCCCACAAUGCCAGCCCUAAUGGCUAUGCUGUCAAAAUGGGCGCCAAAAGCAGAAAGAGCACGUAUUGGAGCCAUCGUCUUUGGUGGAGCACAGAUUGGAAACAUAGCUGGGUCAUACUUCUCUGGUCUGAUCAUGCACAAUGGAAGCUGGGAGAAUGUGUUCUAUAUGUUUGGAGGACUUGGUUUAGCUUGGUUCGCUCUAUGGUCGGUGUUAUGCUACAGUACUCCAAACACACAUCCCUUCAUUUCUGACUCCGAGAAGAAGUUCUUGAAUCAAAACGUAGAUGCUCUAAUCCACACUUACUCGAAGAAAUUGGACCCAAUCCCAUGGAAGGCGUUACUCAGAUCUGUGCCCCUUUGGGCCCUCAUCAUUGCCGGUAUCGGUCACGAUUGGGGCUAUUUCACAAUGAUCACAGACUUGCCUAAAUACAUGACUGAUGUCCUGAAGUUCAACAUCAAGUCUACUGGGAUACUGUCUGCCUUGCCUUACGUUGCUAUGUGGGUCGCCUCAUUCUUCUUUGGUCUUCUCUGUGACUUCUGUGUCAAGAGAGGAUACCACACCAUUACCACCGCUAGGAAAAUUUAUACUACCAUCGCUGCCACUGGUCCAGGUAUCUGCAUCAUCAUGGCCUCUUACUCCGGCUGUGACACAACCCUCGCUGUCUUCUGGUUCAUAUUCGCUAUGACCCUCAUGGGAGCCUACUACAGCGGUAUGAAGAUCAACCCUCUGGAUAUCACUCCAAACUAUGCUGGAACAACCACUGCUAUGGUUAACGGAAUCGCUGCAGUUUCUGGCAUCAUAUCACCAUACCUCAUAGGAUUGCUGACGCCAGAUUCAACACUGACACAAUGGCGAGUAGCAUUCUGGGUGUGCUUGGGAGUGCUAGUCUUCACGAACGUAAUCUACAUCCUAUUCGCAAAGGGAGAGCAAUUAUGGUGGGACGAUGUCAAAACCCAUGGGUAUCCCGAUGGCUGGAAACACGGCGACCUUCCCUCGAGACCAGUGGACUCAGAAGGAGAGAAAAAAGAGAAAAAUGAAAAAGAGAAAAUAUAA